GCCUGAAAUAAAACUGUUUUUUCUUUGGUUUCGUUGGUCUUGUUCUAUAGAAAGACAGCUCAUUCUAGUCCUAGAUAAGCGUACUAAUGUACUUAAAUUUUUUGAGAAGUUUGAUUAUUCGAUGCAUUAAAACUUGUCAGAUAUGCAUAGACUUAAUUUCAGACAAUAACGUUUCGUACAUCGCUCAUAUAGUUAGAAAAUUAGUUAGCACUUGGUAAUUUAGCAUAAAAUUACUUAUUGCAUAUGUGAUUGUUUCAUCUUGGCUUUCAAAUAAGGCAUUAAAUGUUACUGAUUGCCCUAGAAAAUCAACAAAUUAUUACUCACACAUUAGUUUGAGCUUGUAUAUGAGCGGCCCAACGUCAAUUUAUUAGUAACAAUAUGUUUUCUUUAAAGAAUGUGUGGUAUCAUCAUGGAUAUGAGCAAUAUUUUUUAUAGUAAUAUAUUUGUAUUUCACGCAUCAUGUUAAUGGAUGACAAAAUGUCAAACUUAAGGUUUUCAAAUUAAAUUUUGGCUAACAUUUCCAAAUACCUUGAUAAACUUAGCUCUCGUUUGUCAUAAAAUUCAUCUAACUUAACUAAUAAUUUGGCCUUUUACUCAGUAGCCCACAUUCUAGGACAAUAAAAUCUCAAUAUUCCACGCACACUUAGGGCUCAAAACAGAUACGGACGUACGACGUAUGUGUGAAAAUGUACAAACUUCAUACGUUUCUUUUAAUGCAAUUUUCUUUUAAAAAGGUAGUCUCAGCUAUUAAUAUUAUAAUAUUGCUUGAAAUUUUUAAGGCUCAAUAGUCAGUAAUUGGCGAUAAUAUUAUGCUAAGUGUGACUUCUGGAUCAUUCUACUAUUUUACAUUAUUGGCUCUUUUUCUAUCAAGUUUUGAGCUUACUUAUUACGUCAUGCUUCUAAUUGUCCUGUGGGCCGUUUUCCGUUUUAUUUAUUUGCUUUCGAACUGCACUUGCUGUUUUACCUUAAUUUUUAGUCUUUCAGGGAUCUUAUCUCAUCUUUCCUCACAUUUUUAUUUUAAAAUUACCUGUUUUUAUCGAGUACAGAAUAGGAUUUUACCAAUUUUUAUCAACUUUUUCGGACAAACGGAUCGUUUUGGGUUUACAAAAUGGAUUUAAAUGCAUACAAAGGAUGGUCUUCUGAACUUCAUUCUACAUACAAUCAACUUCUGGAAUAUGAAAGUUUUUUGCGUUUGUUUCCUGUAGAGGUUGCUAACUCUAUAGCCACCAGUACUGUAAUGAGUGUGAAGUGUGAUUGUUCAUGUACUCUUCUGUCAUCGUCUGGUGAUGUAGUACCUGCCAAUACCGAUGCAACACAUGAUGGUUCUGUUUCUCAUCGAAGCGAAUCUAUAUCUCUUCCCCAAAAUGUUUCUUCAGCACCGAAUCCGCGUUCAUCUUUUUCUGGUCAGACUUCCGUAGUACGUUUUGAUUCUCCAGAUGAACUGCGUUGGGUUAUGCACGCUAUCACUUACGGACUGACUAUGUCAUCUGAAAAUUGGGACGUCAUCAAACACAGUGCACAUAUUUACUGCUAUUGGAUCAGAUGUCUUAAUUCUUCAAUACGCUCCACACAAUCAGGGAAUUCGAACUCACCAAUUCCGUUGAUUCUACAAAAGGAGCCACAACGUUUCUUAAAGUCCCUUUUGUUCUCCCUUACUUAUUAUUUCCUUCCACGUGAUCCAGAACCAUUAAGUGAUCAGCCUAAGUUAAUGUUUUCAACCCUUGGUCGAAGUUUAGCACCUCCACAGUAUUUGACUAGUGCCGACUCAUCAGAAGCUCCAUCUUCUUUUACAGUGAUCGAGUCAACACACUUAUCAGCGUUGCUAAAUAAGCAGUUAGACAUUAUAAAACUGGUGGCUGCUGCAGUCGAAGAAUUAUGCUCAGUACCGACUCAGUUAACAUCUGACUCCUGGGAUUGUAUAUUGCGGUUUUGUCUGAUCAUAUGUCAUGCUAUUCUGUCACCACCUUUACAUUUACCAUCAGGAUUAAUCCAGUCAUCUACUGGGGCUUCUCAGAUGACCAAUACUUUUAUUUCGGGAUCAGGAUCUGUUGGUGGACCUAAUUCUAUGGCUCUUUUGUCAAAUCAUUCCAGUUCUUCAGAUGUUAGGGGCACCAAGGAUUCAGCUACCUUAUUUGACGUCAUAUCAGACUGCGUUUCCAACUUACUAUUCAGUACUUGGUUAAAAGCUUGUACUCAUUGUUUUCCUAAACCACAACUCUGGGUCGCAUUUAGAGAGUGCGCAAGAGUAUGGCGACAUCAUAAUGCGUUUAUUAAACAGUGGUCUCGUGUUUCCGUGGCAUUAUCCGCUACUUUACUUGGUAUACUAAAUAAACCUACUAACUUAAACGCUUAUGCUUCUUUCAUUCAAUUAAUUCCAUCUGAUCUACCUGAUGGAAAUGCUAAAGAAUCUUGGAUUCGUAUGUUAUAUUUGAUCGACAAUCCAGUAGAUCUUAGUCAUGAACGUUUAAUAUGUAAUACACCGAUUUUUGAAGAAUAUAAGAAAUACAAUUGCAAUGAUAGAAUUCGAUGGACAUCUGUUUAUUUCCCUUAUCUAUAUCAUCAAGCCCUACGUGGUCUGUCAAUGAUCGUGGAUGGAUUUUUGGGUAUUCAGCCAAGUCUUACAGUUGGUAUUGAUCCAUUUGUUGGUGUAAUUCCAGAACUUUAUGGUCCUAUCGGUCGAUUAUUUCAAAGUUACCCUUCAUUUCAUAAGUACACAGAUACACAAAGCGUGAACAAUGAUGAUGAAGUGAGGAAAGCCCUUAUGACGGGUUUUUCAAAUAUUCAAGGUGGAACACGAUUGGCUGCUGGUAGUUUUUCUACAGAAAAAGCAACUAGAAAAUCUAGAUUAGCAAGCGUCGUCACGUCUGCUGGUAUUCUUGCUUCCGCUGGAACUUCUGGAGGUUCGAAAUCUGGGUUGGCUCCAUUUAAUAGUACUUCAGUACAUAUUCCUCAUACCAAUAGUAGUUCGUUAACUCCUAUUGAAAUUAAUGCUUCUUUGACAAAUGCUUUUCAACAGUCACAAACUCCUAGUUCACAAGCAUCUUUGCAGUUAUCAAAUGCUUCAACAAGUGGACAGUCAGUUAAUCAAAAAUUAGGAAAUAUUCCCCCUAUAUUGUCUUUAGUUAAUAGAAAUCUACAGGUCGACCAUUUACAGAAUUUAGCUACAAAUUGGUUAUCAACCUAUUCUCAAAUUAUCUUAAAUCCUCAAAGACCAGAAAUAAACUCAUUGUUACAACUAUUUGGUGCUUGGCUUUUUGAAGCAUCAGUAUCAGGAGUUAAACAAGAUUUAAGUGUUACUGUGAUCAGUCAUCGAGCUACAUUAAUUGAUAGUAAUCGUUUUCUAGUUGGUCGUGCUGAAGCCCUUGGAACACUAUGUCGAAUAAUGAUCUACGCUCAACGUGGUCGUUUAGCAGAGGAAUAUCUUACACGAUUUUAUUUAUGUCUUUAUUAUGCAUUGGUUGUUGAUCCAACGGUUAAAAAUGAUUAUAUUUUAUGUUUAGUGUUAUUCUAUUCAAUUGAUUUACUUCGUGUUGAUUUACCCGGUAUCAAUAUCUUGAUACCACGUAUAUAUGGUGCUUGUCAGCAUGUUUUAAAAGAAGAAAUUAACAUGAAACCUGAAUUUUUAUCGCCAACCUUGGUUCAACGUGCAGCUAUACAUCAGCUUAUGUCAAUGGUAUGUAUUCCUAUUCAAUUUAAAGGCGCACAUCUAAAACCUUUGAUUCCUUUGAUGUCUAAUGAGGAUAAUCCAUGUUCAUUGAAUGAUAUAAAAAAUAUGAUGGUUAAUAUUUUAUGUGAUACGUUGAGUAGUACAGAAGAUCCGGUAAAUUUUCAAUUGUUAUUAAGUGUGGCGUUGGCUUUAAUUGAAGACAUGUCAGCUGAUGAGAUGCAGUCAUCUAAUAUUCGAACCGACCCUGGCAAAUCUCACACAACAUCUAGUUUCUUCAAUAUUCUGACACCACUGCUUUGUGGUAAUUUAGUAUAUAAGUGGAAAAAUGAUUCAUCAGUUAUGCUUUAUUUAUUAGAAAUCAUCUCUGGUUUAUCUAGUGUACAUGUUACACCAGUUGAUCCAUCUACUUAUAGACAUACCGUCCGAUCAAUAUGUGAAUUUAUUACAAAUCAAUGUAACCGUGAAAAAAAAGACCAUAAAAGGCAGCUACAUAGUAUUAUUGUUGCUGCGUAUUAUUGUUUAUCUUCAUGGAUUGUACAACAUGUGAAUUUAUUAUUAUCUGAUCGAGAAUGUGUAUGGACUAUAUUAGAAACAAUUGAAUUGGGUAUUUGUGGUGCUAAGUCUUCAAAUAAACAGGCAAAAAAUGAGCCCCCUACUACUAUUCUCAAAGGUCAAAAACCUUUAGUUCCAUCCUCAAAACGUGUUUGUGAUGCGGCUGAGGCUUGUCUGUCAAAUUUAAUGUCAGUAGCUGGAUCUUUUCCUGGACCAUUCGGGACCGAUACAACAUGUUCUCAAUUAGCAGAAGAUAACAUUUUGAAAUUGAUUAUAGAUGAAGAGUCGAAUUCAUCUAAGGGUCGGUCAGAAUUUCACUAUUUCUGGUCCGAACCCAAUUUAAUAAUUGGAUUGUGCGAAUUCCCUACGAACUCGUUUAAAUCAACCAUAAAACCAAAAAUUGAUUGUUCAAAAGAUGGACCAGCUGCAAUUUUAAUUAUUCGAGGACCAUUUGGACGUCAUGUUUGGAUAACGCAUAUGCGUCUUUCACCAUUGUUGGGAAACGACUCAAAUUCUCAGUCAAAUUAUUCGGAUCAAAAACAAGAAGUAGUAAUUAAUCGUCCUAAACCUUGGGGUUGUUUUCUUGACAGACUUAUCACCACAGUAACCAACAAUGAAAAUGUUCCUGCUUUAAAUUUUCCACAAUCGAUAUCCGAUAUUCCACUUGUUGAAGCUGAUCAUAUAAUACCUUCGCUGGAUGAAGUUGGUAGUGAACUUGGAAGUAAUGUUAGACAAGAAAUUAAUGUAUUCAAGAAAUUAAUAACCACACAUGCUUCGUUAGCAAAGGAAGUCGGAUUACGUUGUGUCCAAGAAAAAAUUAAUGCACCUUAUCCUGAUCCAAUCACAGAAGCACAAGCACCAAUUCCCGUUGUUAGUUUUCACCCAAUACGUUUAUUACUAACGCAUUUGGGCUAUUUAUCAAUCGGACCUUCUCAAAUGCCCCAGUCAUUAUGGCCACGUCCAGAGUUAAAACGUGAUACCCAAUCAGGUGAACGUCUUGGUCUUGGGAAUCGACAAAGUCCAUCUUUAACAGCUAAUCGUAUCAUACAGGGGCUUUCGUCUACUUUGCCGUCGAAUAGUACUGAAGACGAACUAUUGCCCUUAUUUCCAUUCGACGUGGAAAAUCCAGAUUUUGCUGAUAUAUUAACAAAUCUCGACCAUAUGCCGACCAGAACAGGUGAUACGCUUUUGGUUUUUUAUGUUGCUGCUGGUCAGUCAAAAGUUGGUGAUAUUCUUGCGAAUAUGAUGACAUGAUGCAAAUGUUCGUGAACUAUUCUGUAUGGACAGUGGGAGUAAGUUUAAUUAACUACACCUAACAACUCGAUAUUGCAUACUUAUUACGUUUGUUAUCCCUCGUUGAGCAUAGACUGUUGACCGGCAACCUCGAAUCAACUCUCCUGGGUUCUGCUUCCCAGUUAUUGUCAAGUGUUAUUCAUUCUUUCAAAGUCCGCCUUCUAUUCCCAGCACAAUGUGUUCUCUGGUCUACGUAUGCCUGAACACCGAUUACCACGAAGUGCAAUGCUAUCCGGUAUUGGAAAUGGUUGGAAGAAAGUUAGGGGCGGCCAAACCAAAACGUGGCAUCAGUUCUUGAAGUCACUAACUUCUAGUCUGAGCCAUGUUGGUAGAUGCAGACUACUUGGUUGUGGUCCGCGUGACUGUCGUAACCAAUGGUUGAAGACUCUUGGUGACAUGGCUCAGAAUCGCUCACAAUGGCGUAGUUGUAUACACUCUCUGUCUUCCCUUAAACUAAGAGAUUAAAAUCACUUCAUAUCUUUCUUUCUACGAACCAAUUCUUUCUUCCUGUACUGUAUCCUUAUAUGCAAUCUUUCUCUUAUAUAUUACCACCAUUGACUUAACCACUCCUAUGAAUCCGGUGUCCAUCUUGUUGUGCUAAUGAGGUAUGUGUUGGGAUAUUCAGAAAAAUAUACCAAUAAUUAUCCUGUUAAGUCUAAUGGUGUCCUUGGACUUUAAAUGGACAUUUCCUAUUGGUCAAUGUUUAUUUCACUUGUCAAAUAUUGUUUCUAUUUUAUGGUACGAUGUGGUCUGCCUUAUUGGUAUAUAAACAGAGUAUGUUUGAAAUAUAACGAUUCAUAUCUCAGAAGCUGAGACUUGCGUUUUGGACUCAACUGGCUGGGCUAGACAGGGAAGCAGGGCCAAUCAGGACUCUAGGUCGUUCUUACGUGUCAUUGAUCCGAUCGAUAAUACGCUGCGCAUCUAAUCUGCAGUCACAAGUCAUAACAGUAUGGCAACUUGGACCGAUGCGUAUAUGUGCCUGGUCCUACGUUGUAGCUGACUGACUGAAGGUUUACCUCGUGACCCAGUUUGAUAAUUCCCACAAUGUGUAUCCUAUUCUUAACUUCCUGGUUUGUUCUCUGCAACAGUAGGUAUCUGGCGAAGACAACUGUUUAUAGAUGGCUGUACUCUUUUGAUGAUCGUUGUAGUAGGUCUCCACGUUUCAGUUCCGUACAACAGAACAACAUUGAUGUUUGUACUGAAAAUUACGACUUUCACACUUCGACGUAGAGAGAAAAAAAUAGAUCUCUACCAAAAUAACUUAUACUGCUUCAACAAACCUUACUCGAAAGAUUGUCAUGUGAAUAUUUGGUGUGGAAAUUUUGAAAAACAAAAAAAUAAUAUGACGCACUAAGAUAAUGGUAAAUUGGUUAAGGUAAACCGAUAGGAAUGCAAUAGAAAAUAAUCAGAUUAUAAUAGAUUGUUAUUCCAUAGGGAUUCAAGAAAGUGAAGAUUUACUAAAAGCAUAUUAAUGAUUAAAGGUGGAUUAGAUGAAAUUUCUAAUAAUUACUAUUAGCUUUAAAACAAGUAUUGAGAUAUCAAAGCCAGUUUCUUCAACACACUUCCCAGUCCACUUGUGGUGCGUUCUACUUAUAUUGACGUAAGUAGUAUAUGACGCGAGUUAAAAACCUUAUGUAUGGUAGCAGAAGAUGGGGGAAGAUCAAGAAAGGAAGAGCGAGAACACAAUGCAAUUUGUAAGAAAACGCAUGAACAAUGAAAUGUGAGACAAUGGGUUGGUGUUUGCAACAGGGACAGUCCAGGUUGAUAUGAUGGAUUAAUAUUUUGCAAAUUAACGAUUUACUGUAUGGUUUUUCUAUUUUACCAAAUAACUCUGUAAUUGUGUGCUAUAUACAAUUCGAUUGUCCCCACCCAUGUUCUGUUCACUACACACUUAGUUUUAUAUGAAUUAUUUUUAAUCAGAAAUGAAACUGAAACUAAUACGUAUCAUUCAAAUGCUUAAGAUAAACGAUAAUAUCUUUUGUCGAAAUAUUUAAUUAAUUAAAUUAUUCACAAACAUGUUAUCGCUCGAUUUAAAAUCGUUGUUGCAGUUAUUCCUGAUUGUCGGGUUUUCAAAUGAGAACAAACCCGAGCUAAUAGCUAAAGGAAAACCUAUAUUUAUAUGAGAGGAUAUAAGUCUCCAAGUCAAACAAAAUAAUUUCUGAAAAAUAAAUGUCCUAUUAAAUUUAUAUAAUAGUUAUCACACUUACUAUAUAAUAUACCAAGUUUUUGAUUUAAUCAAAUAAAUGUUAUUGUCAUUGCUAAGUCUCUUUAUUCAGCCUAGUAUUUUUGGACACUUCCGUUCACUCGACCAGUUGUCAAACUAAAACAAGACUUGGACAGGGACGUAAAUUACAUUCCGAACAAAACAAGGUAAUAGAAUGUCGAUGUAUUUACAAACUUUACACAGGAAUAUUUGAGAAUUCUCUCAGCUCAUCCCUUAACGCUGAUUGGGUGAAAGUGAUCCGAUCAGCGCGCUCUACUGUAGCAUGCUCUGGUUAAGUUUCUGGUCUGAUAACAGCAAUGUAAUUACACAGUAUUGGCAUUUGUUCAUCAUUUAAUUUUGAAUCUUGUACAUAUAUGACUUCUACAUAACUUACUCCACGAAAGUAUAUUUUACAUUCCAUAAAUGUUUAGACAGUUUUUCAGUAAUUUUGAUUUGUGAAUAAUUUUUUAUUACGUUUGAUCAUUAAUACUGGAUUUCCACCUACCUAGUUCUGUUUAUGUACGUAAUUUUUUUAUUUGCUAAACAGAAUAUUUGGUCAAGACUACCUGAAGCAUUUCAUCAAUUCUUAAGUGGUAUCGGCUGUAUCAAAGAUAUUUCUGAUCAUUCAGGUUGGACAGGGAACCUUCAAACUAGCUAUCGUACAUCAAAUGGAUACUUGGUGACGGGUCACUGUAAUCAGACGAAAAAUAUACAUGCUGACCACUGUCCGGAUGGUAUUCAAUCAAUUAUAUACUAUGCUGAUGCAAUAACAGAAUUAGCAUGCAUUUGUCCCACUAAUCAAUUUUAUGGAAAUGAAGAGAAUUCUGACUCAAACCUUUCGUUAAAGAGUACACGUUAUCGCACUGCUAGCGAAAUCAUAACUAACAUCACUCGUGGGACAAGUCAAAGUGCAGUAGGCAUGGGAGAAGUUGGGGCGGACCCGACUGGAGGUCGAGUGGCAGUUGUAUGGCUCGAACGAUGGGAAGAUGGACCUAUGCACUAUGAACCAGGAGUUGGGACGAACAUCCAGAAUAUGACGAGCAAGAAUUUUGACUGCCCUGUCACAAUUUAUGUUCAUCCUUUAAGUUCCGGAUUAUGCAGAGUUGGCAUUAUGCGUCUUCAAGGACGAACAUUUGAAGCUGGUCCAUUACAGAAUGGAUCUGUAUUAAGUCAGCGUUGUCUUAGUAGUUUUGUAAGACAAACUGUAAUAAACUUAUCACGACGACGUCGUUUGGCUUCCGACUCAUUUCAACCUCCUCAUGUUCGACGAAGCCAUGAAUUGUUCAGAUUGGCAGAAGCAAACCGUAAAAUUGUUCGAGUUCAGCCAUCAUCAUCUGGCAAUAAAACCAAUACAUACUCUUGUAACACAGCGAAUAUUGUGCGUAGUCUUUUUUCUAGACAAACUCAAAUUCAUUCUAGCUAAAGCUUUUCAUAUUUUAACUGUAAUAUCCACUAUUGUUGUGAACAAGGAUUCCUUCAUAUUUACAUAUCAAACAGAAUGUUUUUUUUCUUUUUAUUUUCAUACUUCCUAAUCUUACGUAUUUAACAUGUAACUAAAUAUACUUUUACAUUU